UGUCCAAACUCAAGCCCAUUACCAUUGGGAGCCUUAUCAAAAAAGACUUAAAUGAUUCUUAUUUUCUACCUGCCUUUCCUUCUUCGUAUUCACCGGGAUAUCGCUUUAACAACGACAAGAAGUACCGUGUAUACGACUGUCCUCCGCCUUCCAAGGUUUACAGUACUGUAAUCUAUCCCUCUGGGUUUCUACCGACAGUAGGAGACGAAGUAGCCACACUAAUAGACUACGAUCCUCCUGAGUUUCUGCUACGACACUGGAAAACAUGGCUUCCAGCCUUCCCUACUGCACGCCUGAAAACCGUGGACGAAGGCUUGAAGGAUGAUCUACUGAUUGUCACCAAUGGGCCUAUACAGUCUAUCCCAGUGCACAAACACUCUAUCGACCCUGAUGUGCACUAUCAGAUACUACGGAAGAGUUCAUUGCUUGACAUCGAUGCUCCGUCUCCCAAGAACUUGACUCAAGAGAACCUGUCCUUUCCAUGUGUUGUGAAGGUCGAUAUAAGCUGGUGUGGGCAGGGAGGAUGUGUUGUCCAUAAUGCCAAAGACUUGAACGACGUUCUUAAAGAAAUCAGGCAAGAAAAUGGUUGGAAAGACACUAUUAUCUUCCAAGAAAUGAUCCAAGGUAUCAAAGAGGUACCAAGUUUUCAAUUUUAUUUGCAAAAAUCUGGUGACGUUCACUGGAUUGGCACAAGUGUUGGGGGUUUUGAUGGACUUGUUUGGACAGGCUCAGUCGUCGAUUGGAAUAAACAAGACUAUUAUAAGAACCUUGUGUACGAUGAGUUCGUUGUUCCUGUUGUAAAAUACCUUCAUAAACAAGGCUACUUUGGUCUGGUUACCAUUGAGAUCUUGAUCACUGAUCAUGGAAUGUACUUAGUAGACAUGAACCCUAGAGUUGGUGGGGAGACAUCUCAAUUACUCCUAGCCCCCUAUAUGGCACAGUUCAAUCUCACUGUCUCAAGCUUUCGAGUCAUGAACAUUGCUUCUAAAACAUCAGCAUCGCAUGUGAUAGAAAAGGCAAACGACAUCAAUAAUACUCACGAAGGAAAAGUUAUAGUUUUGUCUGCAGCUGAUGUGGACGAGAAAGGUUGUAUGUUCGAUGUGUGUGUUUUUGCUAAAACACUAGAUGAAGUAGAUGCCCUUUGCCAUAAAGUUAGCACAUUUUGAGUUUGAGCUUGUAAAGAUUGUCGUUCUAAAAUCACUUAAAGUGCUCUUGUGUUCUCCUUUGUCAGUGCUUUAAGCCUUCACAGGGCAACCUAACACAUAGUCUUCCUCGCAUCCGUUUUUAGUGUCGGUCGUUGCGUGACGACCGAAACUAAAAACGGAUGCGAGGGAGACUACCUAACACCAUAACUCUCUAUAUACUUAGCUUAUCAAUCAAUCAAUCGAUCAAUUUUAAAGUGCUCAUAAGCCUUUACACAAUAUUUUCAGAAUUGAUUCUUUAAAUAGUGAAUAUGUUAUAAUGACUAGAGAUUUUACUUUACUAGACCAGUUAUUGUUGUUUGUUGCUAAUGACUCUCUAUAUACAAUUGCUGACCGUUUAUGGCGGUUCUCGAGUUUUGUUAUGUUUAACCAAAACCAGAGUUAAUAGCCAAAACUUAACUGAUCUUAAUUUUGCAUCUAGAUUUAUGGGAAGUUGACCUAAUUCGGCUAGACAAGCAGAAUUGGUAGCCUUUCUUCCAACCAUUUUGCAAAAUUUUAUAUGAACUGACUCAAUUAGAUUGCCAGCCUUCAUAUUGUCUGUGCCAUGUAAUGAAGAAAAUCUUUUACAAUUCUGAUUAUUGAAUAUUAAGUAAUAAUUAAUAAUUAAUGAAUAUGGAUUAAUAAUGUUAAUUAAUAAUGUCAAUUUCCAAAACAAGGUUUAAAAAGAAUACCUUGCCUGAACUUUGAUAAAUUAUAUAAUUCCUAGGCUGAAUCGUAUUGUUGAAAGCCGAGCCUUAAUAAUACAAUGCCGAUGUUGACAAAAUAA